AGCGCUGACUGUCUACACUUCAAAGAAAACUGCGAUUUGACUUGCAGUGUUGCAACAACACAGUGAAGACGCGGAGUGGGCGUUUUCACUUCACAUAGCUACUUUUCGUUUUUGCCUCCAACUUUAAGUCUAGCUGGACAGCUAAUUUUGUGUAUCUGUAAGUUUCAAAGUUUCAAAAUGACCAGCAACCUCAGGCCAAAGCUUUGCGUCUUAGAAAAAGGGGACAACGGCUACGGUUUUCAUCUCCACGGCGAAAAGAACAAGCUAGGUCAGUUCAUUCGGCACGUGGAGCCCGACUCUCCGGCCGCCGCUGCAGGUCUGCUGGCCGGGGACAAACUGGUGUUCGUGAACGGGGAGAAUGUGGAGGACGAGAAGCAUCAACAGGUGGUGUCCCGCAUACGAGGCAUCACGGGCCAACUAGAGCUCAUCGUGAUGGAUACAGAGACCGCAGAACUGCUGCAGAAGCACAACUUGAAGUGCCAGAAAGAGUAUGUGACUGAAGGCAUACUGAUACCGAGCAGUGCUGGAUCGGACCAUGAAGACGAAGUGAAGAACGUGACACCAAGCGAGUCCACCCCUGUCCCGGAAACAAACGGGGACAUACGCAUGGAUAGACUGAGCUUGAGCUCCAAGGAAUCAAAGAACGAGCUGCGUCCACGUCUCUGUCACAUGAAGAAGGGUGCCACUGGAUAUGGCUUUAACCUGCACACAGAGAAGUCAAAACCCGGCCAGUACAUCAGGGCGGUGGAUGAGGACUCCCCAGCAGAGAAAUCUGGACUUCUGCCCCAAGAUAAAAUAGUGCAGGUAAAUGGCAUUGCUGUGCACACAAUGCAGCAUUCAGAAGUGGUGGCAGCCAUCAAGACAGGAGGAGAUGAGACCAGACUGCUGGUGGUGGAUCCUGAGACAGACGCCUUCUUCAGCAGCUGUGGUGUCCUUCCGACUGAGAAACAUCUCACAGGUCCUCUUCCAGAUCCUGUUUCCAGCCAUGAUGAAGAAGAUCAGGUGAAUGGAAAAGCAACUCAGGAGGAAAAGCCUAAAGUAGCUAUGAGCCUGUCGACUUCCAGCACCUCCUCCAACACCUCCACCUCUGCAGCUCCAGCCAGCACCUCAGCACCAGAGGAGAAACCAAAAGAGAAGGCUUCAAAUGAUGAUGCAGGACUAUCUCUGGAGAUAUCGCUGCAGCAGGCCAAGGAACGCGCUCGCCAGAAACGCUCUAACAAGAGAGCCCCGCAGAUGGAUUGGAGCAAAAGAAAUGAGCUCUUCAGCAACCUCUGAACCUCCUCUGUGCCUCCCAUCUUCCUCUCACCCAUUUUCUUUACUUCCUCUACAAUUGUCCGUCCCAUCAUGCCUCUCCGCUCUUUCAGUACACUUGUACACAUUUUGAAACCCUCUCACAUGUGUAUUUUUAAACCAGUGUUAUUUCGCAUGUGAUUUCUAAAUCUGUAGAUUUU